AUGAGCUGUAAACGUACGCACUACGCCUUUUCAUUGCGGAUCACCCAGGGAAGGGGAUGGUGGGGAAGUGGGAGGCAGAGGGGGGUGGAGGGGCGGAUUACAUGGGGAGAGGAAGAUUGGGAGGUGUCGAUGUUGUGGUGCUGCAGGAAAGGAAGACGGCACACCUCAACUGCAAACGGUGCAGGUGAGGAGGAGGAGGAGGAGGAGGAGGAGGAGGAGGAGGAGGAGGAGGAGGAGGAGGAGGAGGAGGAGGAGGAGGAGGAGGAGGAGGAGGAGGAGGAGGAGGAGGAGGAGGAGGAGGAGGAGGAGGAGGAGGAGGAGGAGGAGGAGGAGGAGGAGGAGGAGGAGGAGGAGGAGGAGGAGGAGGAGGAGGAGGAGGAGGAGGAGGAGGAGGAGGAGGAGGAGGAGGAGGAGGAGGAGGAGGAGGAGGAGGAGGAGGAGGAGGAGGAGGAGGAGGAGGAGGAGGAGGAGGAGGAGGAGGAGGAGGAGGAGGAGGAGGAGGAGGAGGAGGAGGAGGAGGAGGAGGAGGAGGAGGAGGAGGAGGAGGAGGAGGAGGAGGAGGAGGAGGAGGAGGAGGAGGAGGAGGAGGAGGAGGAGGAGGAGGAGGAGAGGAGGAGGAGGAGAAGAAGAAGAAGAAGAAGAAGAAGAAGAAGAAGAAGAAGAAGAAGAAGAAGAAGAAGAAGAAGAAGAAGAAGAAGAAGAAGAGAAGAAGAAGAAGAAGAAGAAGAAGAAGAAGAAGAAGAAGAAGAAGAAGAAGAAGAAGAAGAAGAAGAAGAAGAAGAAGAAGAAGAAGAAGAAGAAGAAGAAGAAAACACACACACACACACACCCCUCUAA